CUAAUGGGAAAAUUUCAUUCCUCCCUCCCAAUUCAAAAAGAAAAGAGAAAAGGAUAUUGAUAAAGAAAAACAAAAAGUAAUGGGACUCAAGUGUGCGUAAAAAUAUUUCAGUUGUGGCCCUUCCUGAAUCUUGAAAUCUACCUUAAUAAACCCAGUUCUUAAUUGAUCUUGCCAGAGGAGGAGACACAAACACUCAAUACUAAUAAUUCGAUAAAUAUGCAGAAGAGCUUCACUCUCCUACAGACAAUUGCUAUUUCAGGUGUAUUCUCUGCCGUUUCUGGCUGGUAUGGAUUCGUGUUCGGGAGAGAAUCUGCUAGGAAGGAUCUAGAAGGUUUGAUUGAAACUCUUCGCAAUUCCAAUUCCAACACCGUUUCACCUCCUCCUUCUCACUCUCAAGAGUAGCAGGUGCUAGGGAAAACUAAGAUGAUUUGAGUUUGGAUGACUCAAGAGAAUGAUGCCUCAUUUCUUAUUGAAGCUGAGACAACUGAAGGUACACAGAUGUUGGUACAAAGCUCUUUGAGUGUGUGACAGCAACUUAGAUUUCAUGUUUUUCUCGUUCUUCUGCUGGAAAAUUUACGUCCUUGUUCAUGAUAACUAAAUUACCUUUACUAGUGAGACAGAAGUCUGUAUUGUGUUGUUCUUCAUUGAGAAGAAAGUAGUAAAAUGGUGUUGGAUAUCAGAUAUUAAUUCUUGACUACUGGCUUGUUUUGUCCAGUCCAUGCAAUUAUGUAAGUUCUGCAGUAGAAACUCUA